CGCGUCCAGAACAAAAGUGGGUUAAAACUAAAAGCUAAAACCGCUGUUUGCGUCGCAGUGGUUACGCAGAGAGCUGUGAAGGAUGGGUACAGAACGAGCGAAAAAUCCAGCUGUCUGCUUGGCUGCAGCUGUUAUUCUGACUGUUUCCCUGGUGCAAACGACGGACUGCCUCCGACUGAGGAAAACUCUCAGAGGAGUCACACCCAGAGAACCUGAUCCCGCUUUCCCAGCUGGCAUCCGAGAAGGACAUAUCGUGUUUGGGAAAGUUCUUGAGCUCUCAGAUGAAAACAGAAAAAAGCCUAGGAAUGUUUCAGCAGAUGAUGAAACGGAUUAUCAGUCAGACUUUCCAGGCUGGUCCCAUCACACAGACAUGGAUGAGGCCUCCAAGGAGAAAUGGAACCGCUUUGGAACCUCUCUGCAGUGUUUUGAUGACCACAUGAGGUUCCGAUUUCUUGGACCGGGGGCUUCACAACUUUCAGUGGAGCAAGCCAAUGAGCCCCCAAUGCCUCUGUCCAUGGUCCCUCCAAGAUGUGGCUACAGAAUGCACGGAAACCCAAUGGCAUUUGUUAUGAUGGCUCCAUACGAUGGCUGCAACGUGAUUCAGCAGGGUGGAAAUUACGUGCUACCACUACUCUGGCAAGGUCAUCCACUCUCCCUGCUGUGUCCCAAACGUGGAAGAACUACUGUGCCGCAGAGGCCCCAAAUUCCACAGGGGCCCCAGGUUCUGCACGGGCUCAGCCAUCCUUACUUUAACUUCUAUUCUCGUCUAUCCCAUGCACCAGCUGAGCCUGCAAAAUCUGUGCCACAGUUUCCAAAAUUCCCCUUGUACCCAUACCUUUAUCCACCUGAAACGACAUCCGCACCAGCUGCCACUGUUGUGCCAAAAGUCUCAUAUCCCCAGAUUCCUGUUGCCCCAUAUUUCCCCUUCCCAUACUGGCCUCAGUUUCCAGACGUCCCACCCUUCCAUUACCCUAAUGACAAAUAUCCAAUGUAUCCAACUUCAGGACCAAAGACGACGACAACGACAACUACUAGGACAACAGCAACAACAAUGGAGAUCCCCUAUACAACUACGGCGUCUCCUGCUACUACCCAGGGUCCUUCUAAUACACCUGCACAGGUGUAUCCUAUGGACUACCUGCCAUUUGUUCCAAAUGAACAUUUUCCACAUUUGUUUUACUCUCAAGGCUAAUCUGAAACUGUUGAAUUAAACACUUGAAACAAUAUU